UGCCAUCAUCUAAAUCAAUAAUAAAUACAAAUAAUCCUGCUUUGUUAUCUUACAUUGCAAUUAAAUUUAGAAAAAACCAGAAGUUAGAUGUUCACACUAAAGGGUUUAUCGACUAUUCCAAUACUUUUACUGGUUCAGAUGCCGUGGGCACAAUCCAUUCUUUAUUACCAAAAAAUACGCCAAGACAUGUUGCAUUACAAAUGGCAAGUGGCAUUGUUAGUGAUGACAGUAAAGGUUGUUAUUCUACAACUUGUAAAAAUUAUGUUCAUAAUCAGAAUCCUCAACCUCCAUCGAUCAAUAAUAACGAUAUAGGGAGAAAGUCAAUACCAGAUUUUGAUAAUACUCUAUUACCAAAAUUUUCAUGGAUGAAUUCAGCUCCUAAAGAAAUACUGGAUAAAAUUUCUAGAAAUGAAUUAAAACGACAAGAAAUUAUUUUUGAAACUAUUUAUACCGAAGAAGAUUAUAUUAAUGAUUUGAUUAUUUUGGAAACUGUAUAUGUUAAACAACUUCGAAAUGCCACACCACCCAUUAUACCACCAGAAAGACUCGAAGAAUUCAUCAAAGGGAUAUUUUGCAAUGUUUUUGAUGGCAUAUUGACCGAUAACAAAAAAAUGCUUCACCUCCUAAAAACCAGACAACAACAAAGUCAUGUGAUUGAACAAAUUGGUGAUAUUUUCUUGGAGUGUGCUCAACAAUUUGGUCAUCAUUAUAUCAAAUAUAACGAAAAUUUUCCUUUUGCCGAUUAUCUUGUCAAAAAUGAAAAAUUAAAAAAUUAUAACUUCAAAGAAUUUCUAGAGAGAUGUUCAAGAGAUCCACAGACUCGUAGAUUAGACUUUCGUCACUUUGUACAAAGGCCUACACCACGUCUACAAAAAUACGUUUUACUACUUGAACAAAUACUUAAAUACACUUCUGACGAUAAUCCUGAUAAACCAGUUCUUAUUAAAUCUAUAGAAGCAUUCAAACAUUUAUGUAGAGAAAGUGAUAAUAAAGUUCAUGAGUCAGAAAAAAAAGUAAAAUUUAGAGAACUUUAUCUAAAAAUAAGAACGCAAGAUAAUAAAGUUUUUGAACAACUAGAUAUAUUAAAUCCUGAAAGAAUCCUUUUUUUUAAAGGUGAACUACAAAGGAGAUCAAGCAAUCGUCUUGAAUGGAGUGAUCUUUUUGUUUUUCUUUUUGAUAAUUAUUUAGUAUUGACUAAAAGAAAAAUGAUUGAUUAUGAUGGCAAUGAAAAAUAUAUUAUAUCUGGAAAGCCGAUUCCAUUGGAAAUGUUAGUAUUAGAUGGAUUUAAUGAUCUUGGUCGUACGAGGUCAGGCAGUAAUUCACAAUAUUUACGAAUGUUUGAAUCAAAAAAAAUUAUAUCAAAAGGAUCAAGAGGAUCUAAAAAAUCAAAUUCAUUAUCGAACAAAUUUGUUGACAAUUACGAAAGACCAAAAUCAUUAAUAAUUGAUGAAUCAAUUCAGAAUAAUCAGAAUCAGCAACAGACGAAAAAUUUAUCAUUCACAAUAAUUUAUGUUGGUAAAAAUAAUGGUGAAGUAACUUAUCAAUUAUACGCAGGUUCCUUGGAUAAAAAAAAGUUAUGGAAAGAAAAAAUCCUGGAAGCCCAAACUCAUCUUGCGUCAAAAAAUGCUAAAUAUAAAUUAUUUGAAUUGAUCACCAUCAAUGAUUCCACUUUUACUAAUUUGUCUAUCGGGAAUCAAGAUAGCCAUAGAAAUAUUGAUAACUACCAUUACAAUAAUCAUAGUCAUAAUAUUUAUGGAUCAUCAAAUCGUAAGAUGGUUGCAAUUGGUACUGAAGAGGGUGUAUGGAUAGGUGCAAUAGAUGAUGCUCAAUCAUAUAGAAAGGUAUUACAUAUUGGAAACGUAACACAAAUGAAAGUAUUACAAGAUUUUGGAAUGUUUAUAUUAUUAGUAGAUAAAAGUCUUUGGGCAUAUUCAUUAGAAUCUUUAAUUACAACAACACCGACAUCAUCAAAUGAUUAUAAUUCAUUUAUUCGUCACCGUUUAAGUAAUGGUCAUGUUAAUUAUUUUAAUACUGGAAAAAUAAAAGACAAGACAUUGAUUGUAUUUAUGAAAAGAAAAGGAUUGGAUAGUUAUUUUAAAACUUUAGAGGCUGUUUAUUCCUUUGAUCCAACAAAUGAAAAAUAUCACCAUCGAUCAUCAAUUUCAAAGAAAGGAUUUGGAUUUAUUCAAUCGAAAAACGAGUGGUUUAAAGAAUACAAAGAAUUUAAUAUUCCUUCUGAUUCAUAUUCAGUAAAUUUUUUAAAAACAAAAUUAUGUGUUACAUGUGCAAGAGGUUUUGAAAUUGUUAAUUUGGAUUCUCUUAGAAAAAUAGUCACCAUACCUGACUUCGCACAAUAUCAAUCAUUGCUACCUAUAGCAAAAUUAUGUGAAAACUCAAAACCUCUUGCAAUGUUUAGAAUUGGAGAUGAAUAUUUAUUAUGCUACGAUGCAUUAAGUUCACCAUAUGUAAUUGGAUUUAAUCAAUUAUUUAUUGAAAUAAGACAUUUUGAAACUGGAAAUUUAGUUCAAAUCAUACCAGGAAAAAAUAUAAAUUAUCUAAAUAAUAUGGAUAGUAACAAUAAUAAUUCAGGAAAUGAACAAGACGAAGAGGAAGAAAAUGUGAUUCAUGCCGUAAUGCAACAUACUGAAUUGGAUAUUCAAUAUGUUUUUCAAUUAUGUAAAAUUGCAAAAUAA